CUCCUCUCCUCUCCUCUCUCCUCUCCUCUCCUCUCCUCUCCUCUCCUCUCCUCUCCUCUCCUCUCCUCAUUCUGUAUUCUCCCCAUUUCUCCUCACCCUCUCAAUCUCAUUCCCUGCCCCGCUCACUUCACUUUCAAUUUCCCUCCUCUGUCUGAACAGACCCAGUCUUCAUUUAUUCAUCCCUCUGACUCCCAGUCUCUCUCUCUCUCUCUCUCUAUUUCCUUCCACCUUUAUCAGCCCCCCCCGCAGUGUAUCCCAUCAAUUCUGUUUCUCCUUCUUACUCUGCAGUUUAACUACGUGGCCAAAAGUAUCUCGACAGCCAAAUAUUUCACCCAUACACUUUUGAAACCUUUCCCAAAAAACCAUCAGCAUUAUUUCUGCUGCGGUGCCUCACCAGGCUGCGGGGAUUUUUCUCCCACUCAGCCACACGAGCGUUCCUGAGUUACAAACACUUCGACACACAAGUAUAAAAUCUGCACUUUAUUACGGGCCUGGUCAUGCUCAUGGAGGUAUGGUUGUCAUGAAGUUGAACGCACACUGAUGUUUCUUACAUUAUUCAAAGGCUCUGUUUAUGUAAUAUGACCCAAUCAGAGCGCAGGUACACAACGCUCAGGGAGAGGACUAAACGGGGCACCACUUCCUUUGCUACUACUUGACCCCCCUAUACAGCUACGAGUUAUCCGGUCAGCCCUAAAACUUCAUUUAUUCACUGAUUCAAUCCUUUAAAUUGGAAGAGAGCGCCCCUUAAUUGCACCCCGGUCAGCUGUGCGAGGACGGAGGUGUCCUCAUACUUUUGGCCAAAUUGUCCCUCUGUUCUGUUUUCUGCUCACAUCGCUGACGGUGACUCAAUCCAUCUCUCUCUCUCUCUCUCUCUCUCUCUCUGAGCCAGCCCCUCCCCUUUUUUCUUAUUACUCGCUCUACCUCCCUCACUGCAUCCCCAUCUCUCUCUCUCUCUCUCUCCCUCGUCCUGACUCGAUCUCCCCUCUCUUGCUCUCCGGCUCCUGAUUGGCUACUUUCCGCCUGCCUCUUUAUGAAUUGAAUGGCAGCGGCUGGAUGCGACUGGCUGGAUGCUAAUCAACACAACGAGUGCUCUCUUCCCUCUCUCUCUCUCUCUCUCUCUCUCUCUCUCUCUCUCUCUCUCUCUCUCUCUCUCUCUCUCUCUCUCUCUCUCUCACGUAUACACACACAAAUGCAUACAUGCUCAUCGGAGACAUAGAACCUUUCAUUUAAACAUCCAGGGCUGCUCAUACACACUUUCUCUCUCACGCACACACGCACACACCUGCAUGCUUCCACACUGGUGAUAACACACACACACACACACACACACACACACACACACACACACACACACACACACACACACCGGCACACAGCCUGCUUUGUCAACAGCUCACGUAUCGCAGCGCACUCGGGCGAGCUCUCUCACACACACACACGUCUUCCUCUCUCGCUCGCUCGCUCUCUUCCUCGUCUUCUGUCACUCUCUCGAUCACCCUCGUCCGCAAUCGCACGCCGGGCUUCACACACACACUCAGACACACACACACACACACACACGUAGACAUGCAGUCACACACUCCAGGAAGGCUUCAGUGAUCCUCUCUCUCUCUCUCUUUCUUUCACACACACUUUCUCGGUUUUCUUGCACUCACAUGCUUUAAUGCACACGACACACACACACACCUCUCUCUCUCUCUCUCUCUCAUAGUCAGUCAGUCAGUAAGUGUGUGUGUGUCGGUGGAAUGAGGCGGUGAUGUUUUGGGACAGGAAGAAUACUAUGGGCAAUUCCCAACGACGGGCCAAAGGAAGACACAGACCCAAAUCGGCAACAGCCACCAGUGGUCUAGAGGCGGAGAGCGGCAGGCGCGGCGGCAGCAGCAGCAGCAGCAGCCACGGCGACGGCAACCACAGCAGCAGCAUCAGUGGCGGCGGUGGAGGAGGAGGAGGAGGAGGCGGCUACGGCAGCGGCGCGGCCCACUUCAGGUCUCCAUGGCAACAGAGCGUGAACGUGUUCGGCUCGUGGAGCAGGCCGGAGUGUGUCGAGGAGCUGCACCAGCAGGCGCAGCUCAACCUCCAGAGCCUGCUGCAAGACUUUGAGGAGCAGUUGUACGACACCAAGCUGACCGGUCAGACGUUCCGGCAUCCGUCCUCGCAGAGCUCCGACGACACGUCCACCUCGCUCAGCCGCUCGCCCAUCUCCCUCAACAACAAGAGGCCUGACUUUAUCUUUCUGCCGGCGUCCAAACAGCUCUACGAUGAUGAAACCGCCUCCUCAGUGUUUGGACUGAGGUCCGUGACCGACCCGUCUCCCUCACCGUCCCCGUCACCCUGCGGCUCAGAUCGCCCCCCGCUGGGCUGGAGUAGUAACAACAGCAGCAGCAGCACCGCCACGUCUGCCACCACCGGGCCGCCUAUUGCCGAGAAACCACGCUGGCAUCCGGGGAGACGUGGUCACUUCCUGCCUCUCGACAUUACGGGUGAAACAGGAGGAGGGAAAUUCCACGGCGUCGACCUCCUCCAGCACUCCCCAUCCCCAUCCCCCUCUCCAGGGGACCCCUUCCCCCACCAGCCCCGCUCGCUGGAACCUGUCACGGACACCUUCCAGCAGAACCUCCCCCUGAGGAAGACACACUCCGACCUCGACACAACCUUACCUGCAGAUAGCACCUUGGAGCAGCGUGCACAGGACCAAAUUCACCAAGGAACUAUGGACCACUCUGGGCUGUUAUGCUCAAAUACACCUACCGCUUCCUGGAACGGCCCUAAGGGCUCCACAUUUUCUCCUGGAGGGUGGAACGAAACAUACAGUUACAGCAUGAACAAGGGCCCAGUAGUUCCGCCCAAACAGCACACAAUAAUCGGUAACGCAGGAGGAGGGAACCAAGAGAGGGUGAUGUUGGUGGGCUCAGGACAGUCGGUGAGCUCUCAUUCCAGUUCAUUCACGGCUGUGACAAACCCUUCUGGGAGAGGAGGGAACAAAAUGCCAGGGAUAUCUCUGGCAGCAGCAAUGAUGGGGAAGCGGAGCGAGACGGAAGGGGCUGCAGCAGAUGGAGGGAGAGGAGGAGGAGGUGGAGGAGGAGGGGGAGGAGGAGGGGGAGCUGGGGAGGCAGGGAGAGGACGGGAGAGGUCGGCACGUUCCAUCGCGGCAGCCAACGCCUUCAAGUUCAGGGAGCGUUCCCUUUCUACACCCACGGAUUCUGGUUCCUUCUGCUUUUCAGAAGGUGGGUUAGGCCAGCCGGAUGGGAAUAUAACAGACAACCAACAACAGCAUAACAACUUCCUGGGUGAGAACUAUGCGCUUCUCUACCCCAGAGGGAGCUCCGAAGAUAGUGCCAGUACCACAGACACCAUCUCUGUCACAGCUUCAGACUACAGUGCAGAUGGUCGGUUGCGCCUACGCUCCCGCUCAAUCUCGCUUAAGAAGUCAAAACGCAAGCCACCACCUCCUGUGAGGAGUGUCUCUCUGAUGAAGAAUCUUGGAGAAGCUGAGGGGAGAAUCCACCAUAAAGGCAGCCUUUAUCGGGAUGGCCGGCCAAAGAGCUUGCAUAUCCCAAGGGACCACUACCCAGACUUCCAGCCUGAUUUCCUUCUGCCAAGCUCAUCCUGCACCUCUAAACCCAGUGUUGCUGAGCGGGAGCUGAGCCAGGUAGGCCCUGAUGGACCUCCAAGCCUUGAGAUCCAGGCACCAGAGAGGGAGGGUGAGACAGACAUUACCUUCCAAAAUCACUGGCAGCUUGGGGAUUGGAAAAAUGACCCUUACAGGUCUCUGUCAGGCUCCAGCACCGCAACUGGUACCACCGUCAUUGAAUGUAUGAAAGUCAGAGGUAGUUCAGAGUCCCUGCUUGAUUCUCCUGCCACCUCCAGAGCCACCUCACCCUCACAGCUCUCCAUGGAAACGGACGUCAAGGCGUCUUCACCUUUCAGACCACCUGGACUCAUGUCCCCAUCAAGUGGCUAUUCUAGUCAAUCAGAGACUCCCACCCCAACUGUUCCACUCAGUCAAAUGGCAGGGCAUGGGACAACGGGAACAAUGGGGACGUUGGGUUGUAAGUUGCGCCCUAAGAUACCAGAAAGGAAAUCAUCGCUCCCAUCACCCAAAGACCCAGCUGCAAGGUCGAGAUUGUCCUUUGAGAUGCCGGUAAAUGCCCAUCUAGAGCUGUCAUCCAUUAAGCCAAAGCAGAAAGCUAGCAGACGGCAUUCUGACACCUCGACAGCCGCAAAACCAGGAAAAGGCAGUCCCAGCUCUUCCCAAGCAUUGCCUGUGGUUACCCAGAAUGAGCUGAAGACUAUAAGGCUUCGCUCUGUCUCUCGCGGUGACCUGGAAGACUGUCCUGAUGGGGCCUCAGACACCAUCGAAGAAGAACAGCAUGGGCGUGACCUAGGUGAAGACCCAAGCCCUCCACCCACCCUACCUAAACCCAAACCCCCUGUUGCUGUCAAGCCCCCACUGCCCAAGCGACCCCUUAACCUUCUCCUCAAGUCUCCCUCCCCUUCUUCCACAUCCCCCCUAGGCCUUGAUUCACCUCCCGCCUCACCCAUUGAUCGGCCUGUUCCCCUAGGCAACAUCUACAAAGUCAUGAGAAAACCCAAACCCAAAAAACCUCCCCCACAAACUGCAACAAGUCCCUCUGCUCCCCAUGACUCUUCCAGUUCAUCCCAAACUGCCUAUGACCAUUCAUUCCUCCCCAACUCGCAGUCCCUCUUUGAUCUUCCUCCUCUUCCAGACCCCCAGCCUCUCCUGGAAGACCCAACGAUGGAGCCUGAAUUUGAAGGCAACCAGGAGAUCCGUCUUGGUCCUGAGGAUGGAGGAUCACUCCCAUCACCAUGCAGUAACCAGGAAGCCCCGGAGCUCCAGGACAAAAGCAAGACACUUCCCUCAAGGAUGACAAUCUCCUGUUUGGCAGAACUGUCAGACAAAAAGAAACCCAAGGUUCCACCUCCAGUACCCAAGAAGCCAAAUGUCCUGCUUCUUCCCUCGUCAGCCCACUCCUCUACCAAUGGCAGCACAGAUAGGCAGACGCCACAGACUGACAGUCCUGUGGGUCUUCGCUCACCUGUGGGAGCAUUCUCACCUGAAGAGUUUCCCAGUGCUCCCAAUGUGUACGAUAUGCCCGAGCAGGAGGAGAACCACUUGGAAACAGAUGAGGAGAGCUCUAAAGAGUCGUCUCUUCAGGAUUCCUCCCUCACAGAGUUAGGAGGGAAAAUGGCCAGCACUGGGAUUGGAGAGGAAGACUCUACAGCCAAUGAGAAGACAGUACUCCAUAUUGCAGAGGAAACAGAUGACGACUUGUUGCCCAGCACACCUGCAACACACACCACCGAGGACCUGUUCACUAUCAUUCACAGGUCCAAGCGAAAGGUUCUAGGUCGUAAGGAGCCAUCGGACUCCUUCGGUAGCCGCCAGAGCCUGGUGUCCCCAGUGAAGCACAGCACCAGUGGAAGCGAUCUCCGAAAUCUUACCUUAGGCUGCAGUCAAAGGUCAAGCUCUCGCAACGAGAACUUCAUGGCCCUGCUUCAGAAGAAAGGCAGCAAGUCUUCCAGCGGAGCAACCAGAGUCUCCGCGAUGGAGCUUCUCAAAAGCACAAACCCUCUUGCGCGACGGGUCACAGAGUUUUCAACCACUAUUUCAACAACCAAUGAAGGGGGAGAUGUGGAAUCCGGGUACGGCAAACCCAACGAUCAAUGAAAGUUUUUGUUAACAAUUGUUAACCAGGUCUGACACAGCUACCAACAUAUUCUACGAUGCACCAUUGCAGAUUGGGCAUUCUGACCAAAACGUCCAACUGGAUCGCUCCAACUACUGGGUGACCAUUUGGGCUGUCCAAUCCAAUUGGAGCACAAUUUUGGACAAAGUGGCCCCUCCCAUGGUUGAAGCACUAUUGAUCCCUAUCAAACUGGUCCCUUUAGGAAAGUGAGAAAUCUGUGGUGAGCACAUGUUUUUCUUGCUGUAUUUUCAACCAAAGGUGGAGGCCUUGAGGAUACUCUUCAAUACUGCAUCCACCAAGUUUCCAGUGUUUGGGAUAUGCUCACUGUGGCGACUGGAUGGAUAAAUUGAGAGAUGGAGUUCAUAUUGGGAAUAUGUGGAUAUACAGUGGAUACCUUUUCUUCAGGAUCCAUCCUGAUCAAGACAUCAAGAAUAAUCGAUGGCAUACAUACAGGAUACUUCAAAAGAGCAGUCAUCAGAGAAAUCUAAGAAAUAAAUGGAAUUCAAUACAGAAGAUGUGACAUUUCCAAAUGAUAUGUCAACCAUUCAAUGAAAAGUACCAAUUGCGCCACAGCAACAACACCUGUGGAACUACAUGAAAUGAAGGAUUACUAUUUAACGAUGUGAUGAGACCCCAGGGAAACAAGUCCGCCCCAAACCUUGGACAUCCUUGUCUUAUUUCUGUGGUAAUCAAAUACCAUAGCAGGCAUCCUCAUUGACAUUCUCAGAUAACUUGGUGUUCUGAUUUAAGGGGAGGAAACGCGGGAAUAACAAAGAAGAACCACACGGGGGCUUUUUGCCACCAAAGAUGAGGCAUGUAACAGAUUUCUUUGCUCAUGCCAUGCCAUGAACAUGAACGUGGAAUUUCACAAAACAUUCCACAGAAGCACCCAUGGUUGACAUUUUGGAACGCAAGCACUUUUCUUUUUUUCCUUGGCAUGGACAGUUGUUUACAUGGCGCAGAUUUUGCAUUGCUCCAUUUUUCCUUUCCUUGAGAGACUCAUCAAUUAUUAUUUUUUCAGCCUUUAUUUUUGUCAUAUAUUUUUUUUCCUACACAUGCUAGAUGGCCAUAUAUUGUACAAUGUUUAAUUUGGAUUGUACUGUAUGUAUCAUGUACAAAGAUAAAUGUAACACAUCUAUCAUUUGGAAUCUUGGAUACAAAGACUAAAUAUAGUGUACAGCGCAGCAAGCAGCUUGUACUACAAACUGCCCACACGAUGGAGGGAACACACAGACAAAGACAUUGAAGACGAGAAGAACAGACCUAUCAACACAAGGGUGUGUGUGUUCAUACAAGUGUGUGAGGACGAAAUCUUGCCUGUGGAGUUUCUGUACGGAGAGCAUGAAGCAGGCCUGGUUAUUAAACAGGGUUUCUAUUCAUUUUGGUCUCUGGUGAUGGGACCAAAGGACUGUUAAAAAGACAAACAGACCAGAGGGGACCUGGCGGUGUUAGUGUGUGUAUGUAUGUGUGCCUGUGCGUGUAUAGAGGGUAGUGCCAAGAACAAUGUCAGAGAGAAGAAAGAGAGUGUGCUGAAACUUGUGCAGGUUUAUGGCAUUUCCCUGACUUUUGUGUGUGCAUAUGACAAUUUGACAUUUUGUGUUGUGUGUGUGAAUGUGUGCUUUCUCCAUCAUCAUCCCACGCUCCCAUCCCCCAAAACCCCUGCCUUUCUUGGGAUAGGAUUAAAAUGAACUAAGCCUCUCUACACCCGCACAUUACUGAACCACAAGGGUUCUGGAGCGAUGCGGGUUCCGGGACUCCAAGGGGACAAUGCGAACCAAAAGAUCAAGAGGAUUCCAGAACCAAGAGGAUUCCAGGAUGCCUGGUCAAGUUUGGAAUUCCAGAAUGGGAUUGGUGGCCACCACAGCUCGACUGUCAGCAGUGUCGCAUAGUGGCGUUACAGGGCACAGGAGCUGUUUCUGUUAUUUGCCGUCCUCAUUUUCACACGCCGUCUCUUUGGUCUCACAGGGUAGCCGCGAUCAGCUCCCUCCUCCUCCUCCUCCUCCUCCUCCCUUCCGCUCGUUCCUCUCCUCCUCCUCCUCCCUUCAUCGCCGUUGGAGCACACACUCCAUCUGUCUCUCUGCAUUCGGCAUCAUCUCUAAUUUUCUCUCCCCCUAACCCUCUCUUCUGGCAACACACAGUAGCGCACUUUUACUGCAACCUCUCUCCGUUUUCACACGUAGCAUCGCCUCCGUAUCUCCCCUUCACAUUUUUGACAAACCAUCCCCUUUCUCUACCACAUCUCUUCUCUCUCCUCCUCUUCUCCACCUCUCUGCAUUCAGUCUAUGCAUCUGAGCUUGGCAGGCGACACGACACCGGAUGAAUGUCAAUGAAUGACUGUUAAGAACAUUGAUGCUGUGCUUUAUUUCAGAGUGAACAAAACAUUGUUUUUAUCAGCGCUUAUCUUAUGCCUUCUCUCUUUCUUGCUCUCUGAGUUUUUAUACUUUUUCUUUAACUUGCUUUGGAGUAUCCAUGUUAGAUGAAAUUGACAUGGAUGGAUGAAUGAUUGGAUAGGAUAUGUGUGUUAACAGAAAAAGGCAGGGUUUGAAUGUGGAUUUGGACAAAGGACCUUGACAUUUGGAAGCUGAACAGACCACCCUGAAGUCUCUGGCUGACCCUCCCUUCUGGAUUACUGUCUGAGAAUUAAGAUUACCAGUGGUUCAGCUCAAACACCUGAUUUAUCCGUUGCAUGGAUGGACUGUGUGGAGAGAGGAAAGGACGUUUCAUCUCUUGACUCCUAGUCGUCAAACUAUCCCUCGGUGCUAUUGAGUCGGAGUUCCCCCUAGUGGAUGGAAAGGAGAAACCACAAAUAGCAGGAGCGUAAAAACAAACUCCUUCACACACAUCCCUCAGUCUUUCAGGUCUUUGUGGCAAAAAAAAAAAAAAGAGAUAAAGAUUUGAAAAGUGCAUAAAUCUAUCACCAUCUAUGAUGACUAGUCAAGUGACGCUUGUUUUAAAUAUUUAGUGAAUGAAAAAGAUAAACCUAUAAAACUCUG